AUGCCCCGUAUCACGGCCUGGAGGUGCCUGACGAGAAUCAUCCAGCAGAGACGCGGCUCACCAGCCUUGAGAGCCAGUACAUCGGCCAAAUCGGCGUUGGCUCUGUGCUGUAUCCUUCCGGCUGUGAGCCGAAGAGCGAGUCGCUCAUCUACUUGGGCCCGGCCGAGUACGCGAAAGCCUCGGAGGAGCAGAAGAAGUCUUGCCACGCCCUGGCCCAAGGGGUGA